AUGCUUCUUCAGAUCAACAAAAUUUAUAGAUUGCUUGUCCCCCUGAUAUUUCAGCAAUUACUACUGCUUAUUCUCACAAAUAAAAUAGUUCAAGCUUUCCCUGCUUCUGGUGAUACAAUUCGAAGAUUUGAUUUUCACAUCGAGUCCACUAAACUAAACCCAGAUUGUCACAAUGAAUCUUACAGUGCUUUGGUAAUCAAUGGGCAGUACCCAGGCCCCACUCUGCGCGUAGUUAAAAAUGAUAUUAUUGAAUUACAUAUCAAAAAUGACGCUGCCAACAAUGUGUCUACCAGCAUUCAUUUUCAUGGUAUCCGACAGUUAGGAAGCCCAAGCUCAGACGGUGUUGCUGGCAUUACGCAACUGGGUAUAGCUCCUGGUGAGGAUUAUAUACAAAGAUUUCAAAUAAUAGACCAAUCUGGUACAUUCUAUUAUCAUGCGCAUGUAGGCGUUCAGGAUGAUACAAUUCAGGGUGCAUUUAUUGUUUACGAGAAUGAAGCAUGUUUGAACAACAAUGAGGAUGAGAAUGACAAUAGUGCAACUUUUGUGUCAGAUGGACCUUUUGAAUAUGAUGGCGAGUUUAUUUUGCACUGGUCCGAAUGGUGGCAUCAAUCCUUCCAUGAUAGAGAAGCUUUCUAUAUGAAUCAUCAUUUUCCUGGAGACAGUGGUCCUGACAGCAUUUUACUGAAUGGUAGAUCGAUUUAUCAAAACACAUCCGACAUAAACGAACCUCAUACUUUAUCUGAAAAUUGCCAAGGCUUCACUUACUUCGAUGUCGAGCCCAACAAAGUAUAUCGUCUGCGUUUCAUUGGUGCAAUGACAUUCCGUAUACUUGGUUUCGUGAUUCCUGAUCAUACUAUGAAACUGAUCGAGAUUGACGGUGAAUAUGUCAAGCCACACGCUGUUGACUAUUUGGAAGUUGGCCCUGGACAACGAAUGUCGGUUCUGAUCCAAACUGGGGAUUACAGCCCAGGAACUACUUUCCCUAUUUCUUCUGGUUUCGUAUGGCGUAUAAAGGGUCCGAAGGGCUAUACAAAAAAUGGCUAUGGAUUCCUCCGAUAUGUUGCUCCCAAAAACGACCUAAAAGAGCUCGGCUGGUCUGCGCAAAAAGAAGAUGCUGCUGUAUUUGUCACUACACCUCUUAUCGGCGAUUUGCCGCAAGUACUGCCCCCUGUUGAAGCUCCUGGUUGGGUUUUGCAAGACGUCGAGCCUGUUAGAUCUGAUGAGGAAUAUCACACUGCUAUCUUAAGUCGACCUGCCAACCGCACUAUCAAGAUCUCAAUGGGGGAAGUCACUUUACCAGACAAUACAACUCGCUAUGUUUACAACAAUCUACCAUAUGUUCAUCAUCCUUGGGGGAAUGAUAGCAUGCCUUUAUUACAAAAAGUUACUGCUGACCCAAGUUUUGAUCUAUCUGCAUCAUUUACUAGUGUAGACGGAUAUUCAAUGAAGCACCAUACUUUCAAUUUCCAUUACAAAGAAGUUGUUGACGUUGUUUUCCAAAAUGUGGAAACCCCACAUAAUGGUUUGUGUGUUGCCCAUCCUUGGCACACACACGGCUACUCCCAUUAUUUAUUAGCGGAAGGGGCUGGCGAUUAUCAACAUGAUGUUCAUAAAGAUAUCCAAACCUAUCCGAAUCCUCUGUAUAAAGAUGUCAGUAUGGUGUAUAAUGUUUACAGUAACGAUACAUCUGCUAAUACGAAUGGUGGAUGCGGUUGGACAAAAGUUCGAAUAUACAUGGAUAAUCCUGGUGUUUGGGCUGUUCAUUGUCAUAUUACGGCUCAUAUGCUGCAAGGAAAAAUGGUUGUUUUCGAAGUAGCGCCACAAUUAAUUGAUGAAGCGGCACUAUGA